AUGUUCUUCAGGCAGAGAUGGAUUGACCCACGAUUAGCGUAUACUAAAUACAAUACUAGUUUGACCCUGGGCUACUCUCGGGUCUCUGAACUCUGGUUACCAGAUACAUUCUUCGGUAACGAGAAAAGUGGAAAAAGCCAUAGCAUUACCGUACCAAACAAGCUGCUCAGGCUCUAUCCAAAUGGAGAGAUCCUCUACAGCCAAAAGGUGACCUUGACUCUUUCCUGUCCAAUGAAGCUGGCCACCUAUCCACACGAUCGGCAAUCAUGCAGAAUUGAUAUCGAGAGCUAUGGUCACACCAUUGAUGAACUCUCCUUCUAUUGGUAUAAUGAUGGUGAUACCAUCAGUGCCAACCCCAAGCUUGAACUACCCGAAUUCACAUUCGACCCAGACAACAUCGAGCUGGGGAAUUGUUCGACAGUCUAUAAUACAGGUUCCUAUAGUUGCCUGUAUGUGCAGUUCACCCUGAAGAGAGAGUUUGGCUACUACCUGACAGGCACCUAUAUCCCGAGUAUGCUUAUCGUGGUGUUGUCGUGGAUCUCUUUCUUCAUCGAUGUCCGAGCCACCCCUGCUAGGAUCUCCUUAGGUCUCCUCACUGUGCUCACCAUCACGACAAUGAACUCGGGCGUACGCUCAACACUUCCCAAGGUGUCCUACAUCAAAGCUGUGGACGUAUGGAUGUCCGCUUGCCUGACGUUCGUGUUUGCUGCUUUAUUGGAGUUUGCUAUUGCCAAUAUGAUGGCCAGGAAAGAAGACCAGGCCAAGAACAAAGUGACAGAAAUAGCAGCAAAGAAAAUCAAGGAGGUCAAGACGACUGGUUCUGUAAUGCAUGUCCGAGUUGAGCCGCUGAGAGACCAAGAGAGCGACUCACAAGAAAGCACUAGCAAUGAGGAAGCCCAAGAGAAAGCCAGUUGCAAAAUGAAGAUGAAAGCCUGCUGGGCGUGGCUCACAGCAGACAGACUUGAAAUGCUAUCAUUGAUGAUCUUCCCGGUCAUUUUCCUGAUCUUUAAUCUUACCUAUUGGUGUUUUUAUUUGACAGCUUAG